GAUUACGGGGUUUCUUCCUCCCAAACUGGCAACCUGCAUGUUGUUCAGGGGGAGGCGCUCGUCCGUAGUAGCUUCUGGAAGGAACCUCAUGCUUGCACCAUGGAGAAAGUUUCAGCAUUAAAAGACCAGGGCAACAAGGCGCUGAGUGCAGGAAAUAUCGAUGAGGCCGUACGUUGCUACACUGAAGCGUUGGCCCUCGACCCUUCAAACCACGUCCUGUUCAGUAACCGCUCAGCUGCCUACGCCAAAAAAGGCAACUACGAGAAUGCUCUCCAGGAUGCCUGUCAGACCAUCAAGAUCAAGCCUGACUGGGGCAAGGGCUACUCCCGUAAAGCUGCAGCGUUGGAAUUUCUCGGCCGAUUGGAGGAUGCGAAAGCAACUUACCAAGAGGGAAUACGGCAAGAGCCAAGUAAUCAGCAACUAAAGGAGGGUUUACAGAACAUCGAGGCCCGGCUUGCAGAAAAAUCAAUGAUGAACCCCUUCGCCAUGCCCAACUUGUAUCAGAAGCUGGAGAAUGAUCCUCGGACCCGUGAGCUCCUGUCAGAUCCGAGCUACAGAGAACUGCUGGAGCAGCUCAGGAACAAACCAUCAGAGCUCGGCACGAAGCUGCAGGAUCCCAGAGUGAUGACCACACUCUCUGUGCUGCUGGGGCUGAACCUUUCAGAGAUGGAGGAGGAAGAGGAGCCCACACCCCCUCCUCCCCCCAAACCCAAAGAGACUCAACCACCUCCUCCCAAAGAGGAAGACCUUCCCGAGAACAAGAGAAAGGCCUUGAAGGAAAAAGAACUUGGGAAUGCUGCAUAUAAGAAUAAGGAGUUUGAAAAAGCGCUGAAACAUUAUGAAGAAGCAAUCAAACAUGACCCUACCAACAUGACCUAUAUUUCUAAUCAAGCAGCUGUGUACUUUGAGAAGGGAGAUUUUGAGAAGUGCCGGGAGCUGUGUGAAAAGGCCAUUGACGUUGGCAGAGAGAACCGAGAAGACUACAGACAAAUUGCAAAGGCCUUGGCCAGGAUUGGCAAUUCAUACUUCAAGCAGGAAAAAUACAAAGAAGCAAUUCAGUAUUUCAACAAAAGCUUGACAGAGCAUCGCACUCCAGACGUCUUGAAGAAGUGUCAACAGGCUGAGAAGAUACUGAAGGAGCAGGAGAAACUAGCCUACAUCGACCCUAAAUUAGCCCUGGAGGAGAAGAAUAAGGGCAACGACGCCUUCCAGAAAGGAGACUACCCCUUAGCCAUGAAACAUUACAGCGAGGCCAUCAAGAGAAACCCCAAUGAUGCCAAACUCUUCAGUAACAGAGCUGCCUGCUACACAAAGCUGUUGGAGUUUCAACUUGCCCUGAAGGAUUGUGAAGAGUGCAUCAAACUUGAGCCCACCUUCAUUAAAGGCUACACACGUAAAGGAGCUGCUUUGGAGGCCAUGAAAGAUUUUUCAAAAGCCAUGGAUGCAUACCAGAAGGCUUUGGAGCUCGACUCUUCCUCAAAGGAAGCCACAGAAGGCAUGCAGCGCUGUAUGGUCAGUCAGGCCAUGAGGAACGACAGCCCUGAGGAAGUGAAGAAAAGGGCCAUGGCUGAUCCUGAGGUGCAGCAGAUUAUGUCUGACCCAGCCAUGCGCAUGAUCCUGGAGCAAAUGCAGAAGGACCCUCAGGCGCUCAGCGACCACUUAAAGAAUCCAGUUAUUGCUCAGAAGAUUCAGAAACUCAUUGAUGUUGGACUGAUAGCCAUUCGCUGAUGAGAGACAAGAGCCAGAUGUGUGAAGAAACUCCCAAGACCAGAGUGGAACAAAAUGCAAAUCCCUCCAAUAUAUUACAUCCUCUCUUUACAUGCCUUCAAAUUCAAAAUGAUAUGUCCUUAGUCUCACUGAGACUUUGUGUGUAUGUUUUUUGUUUUUAUUUUUAAAUCAGUUUCACUACUUUUACAUUGUAUUUAAGAAGGCAUCUUGUAUGUCAUCUAGACAACUCCAGGACUCCGACUCCAACUUCUUCUGGAAAAAAAAAAAAGAAUUCAUGUGUACAGAUGCUUAAAUACAUCUUAAAAUAAACAUCACGAUACAGUACACCAGCACGAUCAGUGUUUAAAGGGGAAAUCCACCCUAAAGCAGUUCACAUAUUCCUAUUAGUUCAUGGAAGUGUUUGAAGGAAACGAAACAAAAUAGAAGAAUUUCUACACACAAAACAAGAUUGUAAUGUAGAUCACAAAUUGAAAUUCUCAGCAUUGGUUACUUUUCUUGGCUCCUUUGUCCUCUUCAAGGCUCGACUAAACAUGUGGCUGUGAAGUUGAGGAGUCUAGUUUUCCUCUGUGCCUCUUUGAGUCACCUCCCACACCUCAGGUGCAAAGCUGAGUCUGUCCCGUCUACUUGCCACUUACAUGCAGGUUCUGGAUCUUGUAAGCAGGUUGGAUAUUAUUUUUGUACAUAUCCAAAAGAUUUGAUAUUAGUUUUCAAGCAUUGCUGUCUUUGGCUUAAUGAUGGUAUGUUAUUGGUGUACUGUUAAUAUCAGCAAAGGGAUGGACACUUUUCUUGAGCUUUACCUCUGUCAGUUGAUUGUGGUGGAUAGAUGGAGCUUGACAAAUUGUAAUGGGGACUAGCAAAUACUAAUUGCCUUGGACCCAAGGGCUAAUUUUGCCAUGAUAAGACGUAAGAGUGAUCCUUAAUGGUUUAUUAAAUAAGUUCAUGUAUCAAUUGAAGCAACCAUGUUAUUGUUUCUAUGUUAAAAAUGAAAAUCUUGGAGGUAAAGCUCUGUGCCAGUUGAAGUAUCAGUAAGGCUGUCAGUCAACGUCACAGGAAUACUGUGGAAAAUGCCAAAGCAUGAGGAGUUGACACAGGCAACAGGAGGUGUGUUAAUUCAAGUCCAAAUAGAUACUUUUGGCUAGCCCCAAAUUUUAGUUUCCUGAGCCUGAAACUAGAGGGCUGCACAACAAAAUGUGGCGAUUUACCUGGUAUGAAUAUUUCAAGAAAAAUGGGAAUAAUGUGACAAAGGGUGGAUUUACCUUUCUAAGACAGCAACUACUGGUUGAGUAAAUGGGGAUAAUCUCACUUCAUAUGCAUCUUUAAUGUUUGUCGGAUGAAGUCCCAGUGCUACCCUGUCACUAAUGUGUUUUUCACCCAGCAAGGAAAUUGUUUAGGUAAAUGGUGCCAGCCUUUUCUGAUUGAAAUUGUAAUACCUAUCAUUUGUUGGCUUCACACAUGCUGGUGGUAUUUGUCCUUCUACAGCGGCAGACUACUCAGCCUCUGUUUUCAGAGAGGAAAUACAUAUGUGUUAAUAUUGCUAUCGACCAUUAUGCCACACGUGGCUUCAGAUACCUCAAAGUCACAACAUUGUCAUAAUAUCUCUGCAAUGAUCUCCAUGAGGGACUCAAAUAUGUCAGAAAAGAAUUUUAACACCUUUUGUUUCCACAGUAGAAUUGCUCCAACGGGAUUUCUCUAUUCCUUGUGGCACACAGCACAGCAGAAAUGCCCCAUUGUAAUCAAAAACUAUAUACAACAAAUGUGGAUCUGUCACAUGAUGUAAAAGAAACUGUCCCAAGAAGUGUAAUGUACUGAUGGAAAUCAGUUUUACUGUGGAAUAUACAAUAUCUGAAUGUA